GGAUAUGUCUCAGCUGUCUCCAGGAAUGUGAUACUCAUGACUUUAUAUUUCUCAAUCAACUACAUUAAUGGUACAAUUGUCCACACUUUUGUCAGACAUGAGAUCUUUAAUGAGAAUCCUCGCUAUAUCCUCUUCAUCCAUAUGGUUGUGAAUGACAUGAUCCAGCUGACAAUUGCUGUGAUGCUUCACCUUAUUUUAUACAUUUUUUAUAUGAUUAAUGUCUCUUUCUGUUGUUUCCUUUUAAUGAUUGCGAUAUUCACCACCCUCAACACUCCACUAAAUCUUGCUGGAAUGGCCAUAGAACGUUAUAUAGCAAUUUGUAACCCAUUAUAUCACAGUCACAUCUGUACUGUGCGAAGGGCAUAUAUCUUGAUCAGCCUUAUCUGGUUCCUGGGUUCAAUUUCCAUUUUGCCAGAUCUGUUCAUCCUUCUAGCCACUGAGCCUUCAGAAUUCUUUUAUUCUCCAGUCAUCUGCACUCGAGACUCUGUGUUCCGGCACCCAUAUUUGGUGGAAAAAAAGAACAUCUCACAUCUGGUCUACCUUUCAUUUGUCUGGCUUACUUUGGUGUAUACGUACUUCAGGAUCAUGUUUGCUGCCAAAGCUGCUGGCUCACAGGCCAAGAAAGCUCGCAACACUAUAAUCUUACAUGGGUUGCAACUUGUGCUGUGUAUGUUCACGUACAUUGGUCCACCACUUGAAAGCUUCUUCACUGUUCUUUUUCCUAUGGUUACAUCUGAAUUAAAAUAUAUAAAUUUUCUAUUUGUUCAUGUUUUGCCCAGAUUUUUAAGUCCUGUUAUAUAUGGUUGGAGAGACCAGAUGUUGUCAUCAUAUCUGAAAAUGGAUUUGUUGUGCUAUAAGAAGAAAAGAAAUCAAAUAAUAACACAAUCUUCCUAA